CACUUUCUUUCUUUCUUUCUUUCCUUCAAAGUUCUUCUUCUUCGGGGUUUUACGACCUCCUUCCCAAACUGGAGAUAUGGGUUAUAUUUACAGUGAAACUAACCUGUGGUUUCCCCUGGAGGAGGGAGCGGGGCAGGCUUUAGGAUCUGACAGACCUCCUCUGGGCCAGCUAAUUGACUGCUGAUGAGUGUAAGUGCGAACAGUAUGGAGGCUCGGCCGCUCCCAGAUGUGGGGCUGGGCGUCUGUGCGGUGAGUGAACCACAGUGAAACCCGAGCCUGCUCCGGCCUGGCUGUAUUUUGGGAUGUUUUACACGGGGCAGGACAAAGACACGUUACCAGGCGGGAGCCCAGUGUGAGCAGAUGUUUCUGCUCUGGGGAAAGAAGAAGAAGAAGAGUUAUUUCUGCAGAAGAAGGAAGACUCAGAGACGACUGUUCGCUGACCUGCUCCUGAUCCCCUGCAGAUAUGGCUGAAGAUGUCCGUGGAUUCUGAUAACUCCUGUGUUUUGCUGUCGUCGCGAGACUCCAGGACUUCCUGCAUCUUCCAAACCGCGGACGAGAAAGAUGACAUCCCAGGAGUGGGAGAGGAGAGUGUUCUGGAGAUGCUGAGCUACUCCAAGUUCUCCGACCUGGAGACAUGGCUCUGUAUGCCGUCCUCGCUGCUGCUGUCCAGGGCCCUGGACUCCAUCCACACCUCCACCUCCUCCUCCUCCUCUUCCUCGCAUGCAUCUAACCACUCCUCCAAUUCCCCGCCGAUCUCCUCCUCCUCCUCGCCGGCCUCCAACUCCCGUCGCUCCACCUGCAGCGAGCCGGGAGAGACCGACACGCCACUCAGGUCAUCAGAGAGGGAAUCCGCCUUCCUCACCCCUGCACUGGGGAAGGAGAUGCCAUUUCUGUCCACGUCCCUCCUCCCCAUCCUCUCCUCCACCCCUACUGCUGCAGUGCUGAGCUCAGGGACGUCAGCGGGAGACUCCACCUCCCAGAGCGGGGUCAGCAUCAGGAAGCGCCGGCGGCUCGCUGCCAGUCCUGGAGGACUCCACUGGAACUCUGCAGGUUUGGUGCAUCGCGACUUCUGGACACCUGAUCUGUCUCCUGUGUCAGGGGGGAGCACGGCAGCAGCAGCAGGAGGUGGUGGAGGAGGGGGUGGAGGGGGUGCGAGGAGCCUCCCCCUGGCUGAGGGAGGCGGGGCGGCGUGGGCCAGCGACCGGGCGGCCUUGAGGAAGACGGUUUCGGUUGACGACCGUCUGCUGCAGCCGGCGGGCGGAGAGCGACCACACCUGAGGCUGCUGAGCCGACUGCAGAGAGGCAGGAAGAAGCUCCGCAACAUCCACAGUCUGGGAACCACGGCCAGAUACGACACCAGGAAAAAGUCGGACAGUAAGAUCUCUCGGUUGGCCCAGAGGUGGAACCAGAGGCCAGCAGGAGAUGCUCUGAUCAAAGACCUGAAGCCCCUGUUUUACACGGGAAUCCCCCGAUCCUCACUCAGCCUGGACAGCAGACGCCUCCCAGGUGUUAUGACCCAGCAGAUGCAGAACCUGCAGUUGUCCCAGACCAAGAAGUGCCCCGGUGGGCCCGCCUCCCCCAGCGCCGCCAAACGGCUCUACCGGAACCUGUCGGAGAAACUACGAGGAAGCACCUCCUCCUUCGAAGAUGCCUACUUCUUCGGCAAGACGGACCGUCUCCGCAAAGCCUCGACCAUGCAGGGCAGCGACUGCAUCUUCGAGGCGGUGGAGCAGCAGGACCUGGACACGGUGCAGAUUCUCCUCUACCAGUUCUCAGCAGAGGAGCUGGACCUGAACACCCCCAACAGCCAGGGCCUGACGCCGCUGGACAUCGCCAUCAUGACCAACAACACGCCCAUCGCCAAACUGCUGCUGAAGGCCGGCGGCAAGGAGAGUCCACACUUUGUGAGCGUGGAGAGUCGGGAGGCCCACCUGAGCUCCCUGGUGGUGGAGGCCGAGCGGCGAGCGGCAGACCUGGCGGCCCAAGCGCAGAGAGACGGCCUCUCAUUGGAGGCCUGCCACAAGGACAAACAGCUGAGAGCCUGGGAGUGGAGGAGCAAGCUGUACAAACGCAUGAGGACGGGCUUCCAGCACGCUCGUGCCCCGGAGGCCCCGUCUAUGGUUCGUCUGAGCGUGAGCAGUAGCACCACACUGACCGUCAGCUUCCAGGAGCCGCAGUGUCUCAACUCCACCGUGGUGACCAGAUACAGAGUGGAGUGGAGCUGCCUGAAGGAUUUCUCGCUGCUUGCCGGAGAGAUCGUGUUGGAUAAUCUGCAGACCCUCAAGUGCAUCAUCGGCGGCCUCACCACGGGUCGGCUCUACUACGUUCGAGUGUCGGCUUAUAACAUGAAGGGCUGGGGUCCGCCCGCCUCCUCCCUCCCUCCGUCCGCAGCUCCGUCCAAUUGGAGGGAGAGCGACGGUCGGGAGCCCAGGAGACGAGGCCACAUCGAGGCCAUGGAGCGUCUGCUGCAGCAGGUCCGAGCAACUCACACACACUACUGCUGCGGAGACACCUCGAAGCUCCAGAACCCGAGCAGGAAGCAGUCCGUCUCCAGAAGCCUGAAGCACCUCUUCAACUCCUCCAACAAGUUUGUGAAAACACUGAAAAGGGGCAUCUACCUGGCAGCCGUGUUCUACCAUAAGGACAGCUUACUGGUGACAGCGGAGGACCAGAUCCCCAUCGUGGAGGUGGACGACUCCUACAGCAGCUCCCUCAUGCAGGACUUCCUCUGGUUCACUAAGCUGUCCUGUAUGUGGGAGGACGUCCGGUGGCUGAGACAGAGUAUGUCGGUGUCCAUGUCGUCGUCCUCCACCCUGCAGGCCAGGCACAAGAUGCUCACGGCCGCCGGCCAGCUGCAGAGCCUGCUGGGAACUCACAACCUGGGGCGGGUCCACUACGAGCCCAUCAAGGAUCGCCACGGCAACGUGCUGCUGGUGACCAUCCGCGACAUGGAGAACCAGCACUCGCUGUUCAGCGGGAAGUGGAUGCAGGUGACCAAGCUGCAGAGCCAGAGGAAGUCCCUGUCCACGCCCGAGGAGCCGUACGCCCUCGACAUCCUCAUCAUCACCAUACAGGACAUUUUGGCGUACCAGCGGCGCAGCACUCACCGGCUGGCCCCGGGCCUCUACCUGGGCUUCCUGAAGCUCAGCAGCUCUGUAGACCAGAUCAAAGUCCUGGUGUCCCAGCGGACCCCCAACAUGCUCUGUCACGCCCGCAUACGAGACAACGCCAACGUCUCCAGGGAGGAGUGGGACUGGAUCCAGACGCUGUCGGCUGCGGGAGAAAAGGACCACACCGGGGAGGAGAGCGAGGAGGCGGAGCCCAGGCCUGAAAGCCACGCCCCUUUACUGUACUACGAGCUGCGGACGGCGAUCAAGUCUCUGCUGAAACACAUCAACCUACCUCUGCACCAGGCCCGUCACUUCCGUCUCUACAGCCAGGAGGUGGUGGAGCUCGGUCACGGCGUCUCCUUCCUGCUGCUGCUGCCGGCGGCCGACAACGUUUGCUCCGCCCCGGGACAGUCCAACCCCUACACCACCCUGUCGGGAUUCCUCCACCUGCCUCUGCAGAUGUUCGAACUCGUGCACUUCUGCACCUACAAGGAGAAGUUCAUCAGUCUGUACUGCCGUCUGUCCUCCGUCCUGGACCUGGACGCCCUCAUUACCCAGCAGGCACUGCGAGAAGCCAUCACUGACAGCGAGGUGGCCACAGCGAAACAGAGGCACCAGCUCAUACUGGACUACAUCCAGCAGCUGGACGAGAUGCAUCGUGAUCUCCGCUGGAUCACCGACGCCCUGCAGUACGCUCGCUACAAGCAGCCUCGCGGCGGUGUACCAAUCACCUGCCUGGUUGACGCCAGCGCUCCGGAUAGCGACUCCGGCCAGCAGAAGACCGACUCCACCUCCUCGACCAUGGACUACCUGCCCACACCUUCCCCCUCACCUGAACUCCGCAGAAUGAAAGCCAUCAGCGACUCUCUGCUCGGUUCAGAUGAGGACGGGUCCUCGGAGGUUUUCCUGCCGACAGACAGCGACUACGACUCCAGCGACGCCCUGAGCCCCCGCGAGCUGGACCUGCUCUACUCUCCACCCCAGGAUCUCUCCCAGCAGGCCUUGCACUCGCUGGGCGGCAGCGCCCCAGACGUGCUCCAGAUCCACGAGCUCAGGUACAGCGUCUGCCUGCCCAAAGACCUCCCCCUCUCCCCGGUGCUGACGGAUCCUAAAGACGCCCCUCUCUCCUCACCCCUCCUCCCCCACUCUCCCUCUUUAUCCAAAGACUUCCCUUUCUCUACCUCCGGUCUGCCUCGCUCUCCCUCCCUCUCCAGGACCCUCUCCACCUCCCCGUCCACCCCCCUGUCUCCCAGAUUCUCCAAAGACCUGCCUCUGUCCCUGCCCCUCUCCCCGGGGCUGUCCGACACCACCAAGACUCUGGAGGGCCUCUCCCUCUCCAAGAGCCACCAGGAGGCCGUCGCUCCCCUGAGGGCCCUCGCCAACCCCCCCGCCAAACGCAAACUGCUCUCCAGGAGCCACCGGGGCCAGUACUUCACCGGGCCCCAGCGCUGGCUCAGGGGCCACAGCGGGGAGAGUCACACAGGGUCUUUAUCUGAGGGCGUCUACACCAAGCAGCUCGACCUAGACCUGCCUCCCCCCGGGGACCUUCCCUCCCUGCAGGGCACCACCUACGUGAGCCACGCCUCCUGCGUCCUGGAGAGCCGGAAGGGCCGACACCGGGAGCCACGGCCCCACGUCCGCAGGAUCUUUGUGGAGCCCUGCAAGGAGCUGUCGCCGGGCCACGAGAGGAGGGGCUGGGAGGAGGAGGAGGGGGGAGAGAUGACGGAGGAGGUGAAGGCUGCAGGUGUGUCGGUGGUCGUGGCACAGGUGGAGUCUGGAGGGGAAGGGGAGGAGCCUGAGGGAGCCGCCACCCAGGAAGUAGACUCAGACGACCAAACAAACGCCCAGGUGUCAGAGAUACUCAGCAGCACGCUGUAGGGUCGGGCAGCAGCUGAGGAGGCAGCAGGUCGGUUCACUUCAGACUCCUUUGAGUUUUUAAAGCUACACAAGGCAACAUUUUAAAAACACAACCAUGAAACCAGUGUUGGGCGGAAAGAAGCAUCACUUAGUAACGCUGCUGCAGGAUCCGGACCUCUAGCUACAGGUGAAAGAUCGGUUUGGACUUUGAAAAUAAACAAACCCAAAUCCACACAGCUUUUUCUGGAGCUUUUUCUGGAGCUUUCAACCAUAUCACACGUUUGUUUUUAUUUUGUCCGUGUUGGCUUAUAAUUUAAAGCAUGAAACUUCUGAGCUUGAACGUCAACUGAUGGAUCGGUUUCUACGACAACUGAGCCAACUGCAUCUGCCAGUGGAGGCCGCGUGAUAAGGGUGACGGCUCAGCAGACAGUUCAUGUGUUGGGAUUGUUUUGCCGACGAACCUUCGGUAUUUGGAUCAAGUAGCUGGCGGAAAAAUAAGGUGUGAAAGGUUCCAGCUGUUAUUCAGCUCAUUAGGAGUUUCUGUCUUCUCCCUCAUUGCAGAGCUCAGCUGAAUCUGUGAGUUUUAGUUAUUUCGAACAUUAGUUACAAAAGUUAAAGGCUAAACCUGAACCUGGGUCUGGAAUCGAUAAGCUGAUUCGAUAAAAUGCCACCAAACUCCAACGCUAACUAGUGCCGUGAAUCACGAACCCCCCCGAAUUUCAAAGUCAUACAUUUUUCUUUUUUUUUUUUCCCCAAAUGAAAAAAGUACGGUGGCCCUGAAAGAUCAAUGCACUUCAGCUUAAGAAAACAUGCAAAUAGACAAAACACAAGCAAAUUAAGAAACACUGCAAGUGGCACAGACGACGACGGAAACUGUUUCCAGGGGACGGUAAAAAGCGACGCGCGCGGCCGGGACACGACAAACAACAAACGUACAUUUCAGCUCCUUUUCCAGCAGCACUUCAGUAACUUCGUGAGUCACAAACCGCGGCAACGACGACACCGGAAACUGGCGAGGAUGUUUUCUUAAGCUGCAGGGCCCACCGUACAAAAGUGACCAAUCAGAACUUCGGAGCAAAGUAUGGCCGCCGCCUCUGAAAGCCGCCACUGUUGAGAGACUUUACAGUUCCAUAGCGUGAGUUACGAAACUCACAAUCCAUCUUCUCUUGCUGCCACUGGAGGCCGCCAAACUGCCAAGUGUAGCUUUAAAAUAUCAAAGGUGACGAGUCGAACCUGGACAUCAGCUGUCGGCUCUGACAUGGCCGCUGCCUCUCUCUCUCUGCCUGCGUCUCCGUCUCUCCACCGCAGUGACGAUCGGCCGGGCCUGUUGUGACGAGCAGCCCUCAGACCUCUCCGCAGAUUGUAAACUGAACUAAAGUUGCUGGUUCAACUCCGCCAAGCCUCAGAACCCACGGCAUCGACUGUUACAAAGAAAAUAAUCAAUGCAACGACAAACCAAGCACUGCUUCUCCGACCAGGAACUUUGCACACUUUGACUGUAUGUCAACCGAAAACAAGGUGGUUUGAUUGAUUGUGGCUCGUAACUCAAAUUCAAACCUUUUUUUUUUUCCCCAGUUUAGUUCAAUUCUCCCAAAUUGAAUAGUUGGAAAAGUUUCCUGCAGAUGGUUUUCUCGCGGCCCCUUCUUCAGAUGGAUUCUCCCCUACUUGAAGUGAAUGUACAGUUCAGUCUGUUUGUGUCUCCUGUGACGGUUGAAUCCUCGAUGUUGUUUUGAGCUGCUCCCAUCGGGUCUCAAUGUGGUCGAAUAAACCUGUGGUCGGCUUAAAGAAAACUAUGAUAUAUGAUUCCCUCGAGUCAAACACGUGACCUGCCUCAGUCACUAAACACAGACCACUAGAAACCUUAAGACAUGAAGUAUUUUUGUAGUCUCGGAUUAAAGAUUGAGUACUAUUUUACCUGGAAUGUUGUCAGAGCUGUAUUUUGUUGGCAUGAAGUAGUUUGUAGCUGUUGGUUUUUCUGGACUAAAGCUUUGUGUCCAGUUUGUGCCUCCUUCCUGGUUCAGCAUGACGAUGUCAGGGGUCAGGGGGUUUUAGGUCGGGGGGGUCAGGAUGUCGUUUGACCGAUAGCGGUCUGCACUUUGCCCCCCCGGACCUGGCGGUGUUUGUGUCGUGCUGUUGUGUUGACUUUUUGUUCGGCUUCUCCUUAUGUUGUAACAUCCACAGUUACUGUCGUGUUUCCUCAGAGGCUGCUGGUGUGUUUCUAUCUUUGGUUUUAUUCUCUUACAACGUGCACCAAAAACUGCAACCGUUUUCUUUGUGUUUUUAGAGAAAUUACGUGAAACUCCAGUCAGUAAGUCUGAGAGCUGUUUGAACAGAUCCUUCAAAUGUAUGCACGGUAUUUUAAAAGUGCGUUUUUAAUGUUCGCACACAGCAAUUAUGGAAUAAAAGCUAAUUGAAUAUAUUUGAUGCAACUGGGCAUUAACUGUGGCAGCUUCUAUCAUUGACUGUUUAAUGUCCUCCAAAGUGUUGAUGAUAAAGACGUAUGAAGUAUUAAUUUACAGGUUUUGUUCUUGUUUGAAUGUGUAGCACAGAUACUCUCCGCAGAAGUACUGCAGCACAUCUAUACUGCCGUUAUCCUUCAGCAGCACUGCAGUCGCCUCUUUAUGUAAAGUUAUGGUUGGAUAUAAAUAUGUUUAUUUGCUUUUUUGACGAGAGUUAAAAGAAAAGAUUGCUGUCAAAACCAUCUCCAUAUGUUCAGUGUGAAGCAAGAGCGAGGAGAAGAUGAGCCUAGCUUAGCACAAACACUGAAAGCGGGGGGAAACAGCUAGCCGGGGUCUGUGGAAAGUUUAAAAAAACACCUACCAGCACCUCUGCAGCUCAUUAACACAUCGUUACAUCUAAAAUAAUAAAUAAAAAGCUAAAAAUGCCAGUUGUGGUUUUAGGGGGACAGAGCCAGGCUAGCUGUUUCCCCCCGCUUCCAGUCUUUAUGCUAAGCUAAGCUAAACUGUGUACUUAACACACAGACAUGAGAUUCAUCCGAACAUCUGACUCUCAGAAAGAAAAGGAAUAACUAUAUUUCCCCAGCACUGUUGCUUUCAUUUUAUUUUAAGAUUGGUUAUUAGAAGUGCAAACUGCGGUUUAUUACAACUGGAGUUUUCCUUUCGUCCCUCUGGUCGGUCAAUCACAGCGUACUCGCCAAAGUGAGUGCGACGUCACUAAAAACAGGUCACGCAGGUUGGAAACAAACCAACAGUUUCUCCAGAUUAUAAGAGCCUUUCAUUUGGAGGUCAAACUGAGAGCGUUCCUAUGAAACAGCCGUGAUUGAGUCGCCACGUUUAGUUUUCAGAUUUUGGAGUUAAAGCUCCUCGAUAAAUCGGUAAAUACGAAAAGGAUCAGCGUGAUUUUUCAUUAUGUUGGUCGUUAGUGUGGAUAAAAGCUGUGCUUCUUCCUCACCUGUUGGUUUGUUUCCAGCCCGGCACCGAGUUCCCCAAAACCUCGCGCAUGAACUUGCUGAGUAAAACGUUAUAAUAACCAACAGAGAUGCGAGAAAAUGAAAAUAAAAGUUGUAAUAAACCAGCUCACAGUAACAGACUCUGAUCUCUGAUUGGUGUUAAAACGAGCUGAUGUGUGAAUGUUCCUCCUCAGAGGAGCGCAGUUCGGUCUGUUUCUGUAACGCAGGCUUUUAUUCUGAAAGGUUAGAUUCUACCUGAAGCUUCCUUCAGUCAGGUGUUUCCAAACUCACGACUCGGAAACUGUUUAACAGUCUUGUGAGGGCUCCGAGCUUCAGCCUGUAAUGUGACACGCUUUCAUUAUCUGAGUGCUUUUCUCACGUUGCAGCGACUCUUCACGUAUUUAUUUCUGUCUCCGGCCGGCGGACGUCACAUCGACCUCCAGCGUUUCGUUACGGAAACGACUCUCUAUCAUCUUUUAUCCUGAGCGGCAUCACGAAUCCAGUUUGAUGCCACUUUAUUUAUUUGCAGCAAAAGGACGAUAUGUGUUUUUUUUUUUUAUGGACUGCGUUAAAAAAACAAAAAACGGCUCCAGUGUUUUCAUGCAUUUUGCAACCUCUGAACUCAUGAAUGGAUGUAUUUUAACAACUGAAAUAAACUGUCUUAGUGGAUGUUGUGCACUUAAA